AUGGCAAAGGAAAACAGCCUCAAGAUAGAGUUCAAAUCUCAUCCUCAUCCCAGAAACCUCCACCAACAUGACGGAGCAGAAAGCCCCCGUUCCUGUUCUCUGGAUAUACUAUUACAGAGAUUGAGGGCCAUAGAUGCCCAGGAUGAUAAAUUAGCCAACAUCAUGGAUGUGGUGGGGGAGUUUGGCACAUUCCAGCGGAGGCUAGUGGCCCUCAACUUCAUUCCCACCUUCUUGGCCUCCUUUUUCAUGUUUGCUGAUACCUUCUUGUUCACACCCCAAAAGCCCUAUUGCAACACCAGCUGGAUCCUGGCAGUGGGCAGCAACCUGACAGAGGCUGAGCAGAUGAAUCUGACCCUGCCCCGUGCACCCAAUGGCAGUUUCCUGACUUGCCUCAUGUACGUGCCUGUGGAAUGGAAUCUGGAUUCUAUCAUCCAAUUUGGCCUCAAUCACACAGACUCAUGUCAAAAUGGGUGGAUCUAUCCUGAGGCCAAGAGGCGGUCACUGAUAAAUGAGUUUGACUUGGUGUGUGGCGAGGACACAAACAAGGAAAUCGUGCAUACCAUGUUCUUGGCUGGGCUCUUGACGGGGGCUUUCCUCUUCGGGUUCAUAACUGACAAGUUGGGCCGCUACCCCACCAUCCUGCUGUCGCUGCUGGAGCUGGUCAUCUUCGGCUUCGGGACAGCCUUUGUCAGCAGCUUUAACCAGUAUAUAUUCUUCCGCUUUUGUGUGUCCCAGGCCGUGGUGGGCUACGCCAUCGGCAGCUCGGCUUUACUCACUGAGUGGCUAAUGGGCAUGCACCGGGCCUACGCCUUCAUCCUGGGACACUGCUUUUUCGCCAUGGGAGUCGUUUUCCUGACAGGACUUGCCUACAGCCUUCCCCACUGGCGGCUGCUGUUUCUGCUGGGUGGAACACCUAUAUUCCCACUCAUCUGCUAUAUCUGGAUUCUCCCAGAGUCCCCAAGGUGGCUGAUAAUGAAAGGGAAGCUGGAGGAGGCCAAGCAAACGCUGUGCUAUGCAGCUGGUGUGAACAAAAAGACCAUUCCUUUAAGUCUGCUGGAUAAGUUGCAACUGCCUGGAAAGAAGGUGGCUUCGGCCUCUAUCUUGGACUUCUAUAGCAACAAGGACCUCCGCAAGUUGACCUUGGUGAUGUGCAGCAUAUGGUUUGCUGUUGGUUGCAACUAUUACAUCCUGAGCCUCAAGAUAAAGGAAUUGGGUGUGGACACCUACCUCACACAACUGAUUCCUGGCAUAAUGGAGGUGCCCGCCCGGCUCUGCUGUAUCUUUCUCAUUGAGCAGUUGAAGAGGAGACGAACACUGAUUGUGGCUUUGUUCCAAGGAGCCAUCAUGUGCUUCCUUAGCCUUACCCUGCCCCGAGGGAAGGGUGGCCACAGACUCAGGUGGCUGCAUCGUCUGGCCACAGAGUUGAAAUCCCUUGUGGUCUUGAUAACCCUGCUUGGAGAGUUCAACCUGGCCGCCUCCAUCACCAUAUUCUACAUCUACACUUCUGAACUCCUCCCCACUGUCCUCAGGGCAACAGGUCUGGGUCUAGUGUCUCUGGCCUGGGCAGCUGGAGGCAUCUCUUCUUUGACACUCGUCAGCCAGAACAUUGCCAUCCUACCCAUCGUUCUUUGCUGCCUCUCGGCCUCCGUGGCUUUGUUCUCCUGCUCUAGUUUGCCAGAAACCCACGAUCAGCCUCUGCCUGAUAGCCUGGAGCACAGUUCUAGAGUCUACAAUCCAAAAAUUAAGAUUAUGCACCAUGAGUGGACAGGGCUCCAGUACCUGAGAGAGACGAACUUGGAGGUCCCAGGCCCCGGGCUCUCAGAGAGACGGGUGGGAACAAGCCGGCCUAAGGAUGAAUCCUCUGGUCCAGGCGUCCUCCAAGGGAAAGCAGGCCGCGAAAAGGCCGGGUCUGCGCAGGGAGCACAUUUGGAUGGAGGCGGGCGAGGUGGGGUUGGAGGGAGCGAGCUGCCGGUCGCCCAGGUGCGAAAAGCACCUGAUGCCGAGCAGCGGCGCGUCGCCACCUCGCUCGCCCGCAGGUGGCGCCAGAGCGCAAGGCGGCGGGGGCCCCGGGUCCGGGAGUUCGGCCGGGCGGGGCGAGGGGCGGGCCCGGCGUGUCUGCGCGUUGGAGCGCGGCGACAGUCCGGCCGCGGGAAGGACUGA